AUGCCCAAUUUUCAGUUUGACCCGAUUGAGAUCGAUGAGGCACAAGCAAGGACUGCGAUUGCAGGGAGCGAGACCGCGGUGGUCACAGAGCUUCAGCAGCGAAGCUACCACAAGUUCGAAGACAGCACUUACCCACUACCGAAUGACUCCACAGAAGUGAAGCGAUUAGGCAAGUCACGGUCUCUAGUCGAAUUUGCUAUUCUCGUGUCGACUUAUGCCCUUGAAGAAUACCAGCAUCGUCUUUGGCAGUUGUGCUUGAAGGCCCAUUCCCACCUCGCCCGGAUCACUGCUCCGAAGCAUGCCCUCGACAUUGGCUGUGGGCCUGGAAUGUGGGUGUUGGACUUUGCCCACCAAUACCCAGACUGCCAAGUCACCGGCAUGGAUCUCUCGAAUGUUUGGCCAAGCGAGAUUCCCGCUAACGCCGACUUCCGCACGGGUGACUUCAUGGCAGAGUGGAAGUAUCCUCAGCGCUUCGACUUCAUCCACAGCCGUGCAGUAGGUACAGGCAUCAAGUCGUGGCCGCAGCUCCUCGAACGUUGUUUUGAGAACCUCAAACCAGCAGGCUGGGUCGAAUUCCACGAGUUCUACUUCCCUGCUCGGGUGGACGAUGAUAGCAUGAAAGAAUGUCCGGCCUUUGAAAAGUGGACCCAGACCUGGACGAAUGGUAUGAACAAGAUCGGUAGGAAUAUCAAAGGCGUGCUAGAUGUGCCUAAUGCCUUGCGUGACCGCGGAUUUGUUAACGUGCACCACGAGUCCACGAAAUGGCCAAUCGGUCCAUGGGCCAUCGGCGAUAGACAAAAGCAGCUUGGCGAAAUGAUGGAAGGGAACCUCUGCAAUGCUCUAGAUGCUGCCACCACGAGGUUGUUCGUCCAGGUUCUCGGGUGGCGCGAGAAUGAUGUCCAGCACCAUCUGCGCGAAGUAGAAGCAGAUAUCCGCAGCAGGAAAGCUCAUGCUUAUAUCCCCAUGUAA